GGCUAAGGGGGCUCAGACUGAGGCUGUAAUCCCCGGAUGAAAGCAUCAUGGCUGCCACUCGCUGAGCUGUCAAGCUCUCCACAAAAGAAAAGGAGUUCCGUCUUUUUGCCGUCCGAGAAAUGAUUAUACAUCCACGCAGAGCGAGUUGAACUACAGCCAGCAACAGAAAACUCAAAACAAAUGGAUUUGAUGGAUGUUCGCCCGGCUACCCCUGCGUCAAAUAAAAAGAGGUGUGCACGCAAGAGGAAUAGAGUUUGGCGCAAAAGGUUCCGCCGCAAGAAGCGUGCACCUCAGAUCCCAACUAUGCAACGUGAAGCUCAAAACGGACCAAAGAAGAUACCGGAGAAAUGUGAGCAAAGCACAGAGUGGCCUUCGUCCAAGAAGCCCGCCCUCGAGGCGCCGCAGAGUGAAUGCUGGACAAACAAUAGUAUAAAUGCACUCAGGUUUACGUGCACACAAUGCAAGAGCAACUUGGAAUACGUUCCCAAAGACUUAGUAAGGCACUUUGAGGAAAACCACAGAGGGAGCCCUCCUGUUUUUUCUUGUCACAUGUGCUCUUUUAACACACACAAGUUCUCCUACCUUCAGGUUCAUCUGUUAAGCCACAAGGACACCUUUUCUAGCUGCAGCAUUUGUAACGACAACGUGAAACGCACGUGGUCCGAGCUGUGCACACACCUCACCACGCGUCACUGCCAAAAUGGCAAAUAUUCAUGCGAACUGUGUCACAGAUUCACCACCGGUGACGUGACCGGAUUUUUAGAGCAUCUGUGCGUCCAGCAUUUUGGCCUUCAAAGAGUCAACGAGAUCGAUCUGCACAAGAAGGACAACAUUCAGUUAGGGUCCAUAACGACGAAUCAAACUUUAUGUUGUCCACACUGCAACUAUGAAGCAUCUCAGAAGUGGAAGCUCGCUAAGCACGUUAAUGCAAAUCACCGCCAGAAUGGCAACCAGCGAAAGGAGGGAGUCCGUUCCGUAGCAAGAAAAUCCAAGGACCCGCAAACGAAGCAGAGGUUGACAAGGAGCGCCGUGAGGGACAUGUGCUGGUUAAGACAGGACUGCCUUUCUCUGCCAGGGAGAGACUUUUUGGAUAAAUACUGCCAUUUGUCUGACCCCCAAAACACACUAGAGGAGACCCAGCAAUUUUUAAUGAAAUCUGUCGCCGGAGACAAGGGUGACCAGAAGUGGACCAAGGCUCUGAAAUCGGUUCUGUCUAAUGUCCCCCAAGACAUUAGCAUCCAUUCCAAAUCAGAGAAUGGCAUCAUGUCAGACUCGGCCGACCUCACGGUCCUCACGGUGCAGAACAAGAUAACAGUGGCCCAGAACGGUGCCACCUAUGCCAAAAGACUGAAGAUGAUGGAGGAAACGGAAAAAGAAUGCCAUUUCCCCGAAGGCGCUGCUGCUGCUGCUGCUGCUGCUGCUGGUCAAAAUGGAGGUCAAGUCAUUGUGAAUGAUGAUCCACGUUGCCUGCAGGGUGAAACCAAACUAAGUGAAGACGCAUUAAUUUUGACCCACAGUGACCCACCCAAGUGCAUCCAGAUUCUGGAAAACCGAGAGAAUCAGGAAUUAAAGGCCGACUUGGAUAAACAUAAACAACCCCAUGUGGAGGGAAAUGGUACACCCGAUGAGCCGCUGAUCGUAAAGGAGAGCCAAGACGAGAAAUGCGUUGAUAAAGAGAGACCAAAAAACAAGAGAAGGAAAAGGAAGUCCAAAUCUAAGAAGAAGACGACGAAAGGAACCUCAGGAUUAGCCUUAAAGAUCGUGUUGAAGAAGAAUCCUGUAAAAGGGAGGCAGUGGGUGUCACAAAGCCCAUCGGACGCCAGUCCAAUGGAGGACCAGCACACCAAACCGGUUCAGGACGCAACACAGAACACCAGUGAAGCCAUCACCUCAGCACGUGCCCCAACAGGGACCGGGCGGCCUCCACUUUGUGCUGCUAAGGAUUCCUUCUUGCCGCAUGUAGGGAAGUGGGAUGACGCAAAGGAAUCGCUACACAUCUCCGAAGCACAUCUUGACAAGAUCGGGCCGUCAAAUCCAACAGCCACUUCUGUAGAGGCGUGUCCCGACGGCUCGCAGCACCCCCCCUCAAGUGGCGUCCCGGACAGCCGUGUGUCAGCCGAUGAUGGAGCCACUCACGGCCGCUACAGCAUGUCUCCCCCUCCUUCACAACCGACGAUUACGCAACAGGGUAUGAUAAACCCCGGAGAAGUAAGGCUCGCCGACCAUGUUAGAGAAGUGCCUCCAGACUCCUGCCCGAACCUCCUCAGCAAUGCAGACCCUCCAAUGGAGAAAGCCAUCCAACGGGACCCGUGGCCAGGCUACGGAUGCAGCCGCCCCGUCCCAAAAAACCUGGAAAGGACCCUGAAGUUGAUAGCCAUAAGCCCCUCUCAGCUGAUAAGACGCCCGGUGAGAGACCAGCCCGUUGUGGUGCUCAAUCACCCGGAUGCUGACAUCCCCGAGGUGGCCAAGAUCAUGGAGGUGGUCAACCGGUACAAAGGAGAGGUGCGGAAAGUCAUCCUGUCUCGUAGCACCCUAAACGCUCUCUCUGUGACAAAUGACCCCGGAGACCACCCAACUCAACUCCGACCACCGUGGCACGGGGAGAACUUCAUCCAGGAGAGAUUUACUCUCAAACUGCGAUUGAGGAGACUCGGCAGGAAGAAGUACGAGGUGCUGGAUCCAAUUUCUCCCGGCAGGGACGUGGCAAAGAAAUUCAGUUGCUGGUUUUGCGGCAGGAUCUUUGAGAAGCAAGAGGUGUGGAUGGUCCAUCGGCAGCGACACUUGAUGGACUGGAAAACACCAAACUGUGAAAACGUUUAAUCACGUCACGCACACUGGAAAACAAAGGAACGACUUUGCAAUACAAUGGAUGACAAUCAAUCAGCCUCUCACGUCUUAAUUAACCGUGGUCUCGCAGCCUGGACAUUCUCAGGGUAACCUUUUACCUUUUGUCUCGCCCAGUUGGAGUAGCGUCAUCUCUCUCUUGUGGAUGGAUUCAUUUGUGAUGUCACGAGAACGUGAUAUUUCAUGGAGUUCUUGGUGUUUGCUUAUUUAAAUACACUGUCACCUUUUUAGAAAACACUGUUCAUGUUUAUAAAUUGCCACACAAUCAGAGUCCAUGUACGGGUAAGGCUACACAAUGUGGUAUGUAAAAUAUUUAUGUUUUUGGAAUGGGAUGCUGAGACCCACAUAUUACUCAGAUAUACCAAAAUCCUGUAUUGUGUAAAUAUAUAUAUAUAAAAACAAAACAAAAAAGACAAUAAGCUGUUUUAUUCAACAUUUAUUUAUGGCUCUUGUGUAUAGACUUUCUAUGCAUGUAUAUGCAUUUUUUUGGGCCAAUGAAAUAUUGUAAAUAUUGUGUCAAUUCCAAAUCAUGUGCUAAGCUUGUAUUAUUGCAAUAUUUUCAUGCGUGUAUUUAACAGGAGCAGAUAUUCCUAAAAAUACGCUACAUUUUUUCUAGCUAAAGCGGUGUUUUGUGAUGUCUACGAAUGGGGAAAACAUCUCUUUUUGGAAAUCUGGCCUAGACUGGACGUGGUGGUUUUUUUUUUUUUUAAAGAGUUUACUUUGGUUUGACUUGAAAUCGAUCAUGUAGUUUCUUACUUGCACUAUAAAAAGGAAUUUCUAUUUCCUUUACCUCACCGCAUCAGUCCCAAGAUGACGACAAUCUCAACUGGUUUCCUGUGGCGAAACAUUUCCUAAAGCGGCCAUGAGCUCUCAGUAUUGACAGCAGGAACUGGUGUGUGUGUGUGUGUGUGUGUGUGUGUGUGUGUGUGUGUUUGUCAUUUAAAGACCACUUCUGUAAAUAUUAAUGCUCCUACAAAUUAGACAAACGUUUGUACAAAGAACUGUAGCGGUACUGUAACAUAUAUCUGAAAUUUUCCAUAAAGUGCCUUCAAUUUUCUUUCGUUAUGCAAUCAAUCUGCAUGAGCAUUAUUUUUUGAUCACAGAAUAAAUGCAAUUGUGUGUUUCUGUUAACAUAAUUAAAGACGUGAACUUCAAAGCUGACAUUUGUUU